AUGCCCUUCGUAUACCGCCAGACGGGACGGAAAACACGCUGCACAACUGAGGCCUACUCAGACUACAGGGCCCUCGAAACGGCGCUCCACAACGCGGUCUUCUCUACUGCCUUACCGCCCACGGAGCACACAGCCACAAACCCGGCAAAUAUGGGACGAAAAUCCCAGCGGAUAGCAACAGGUGCGUGCAAAGAUACACAGGACAUUAGCACUAUGCUCCAGUGCACCGCGGUCCCGAAAAUGGCGGCCACAACCGACUUAGACACAAGCUCCACGUGCUCGGAGCUCGUCAUGGGGGACACACUAGACCACCUGCCAUCUCAAGGUGCACAAGCUGACUGA